GCCUUACCUUCCACACGUCAAUUACCACGAGUCUUCCUUCUGUUGCGGCUUGUCCGACAUAAUACAGGAAGAUCCGUUGAUGGAGGAAUGCGAGACGCCACGUAAUACUCAACGAUGCUUCUUAGCCUCUACCCAUACAGUCGGAACUUUUUCCGGAUGAGAUCCAAGAAUGACACAUUGCAUUCUCUUGGCAUUGCAGAUCCACCUAGACCUUUCCUGCCUCUAUUAACAAAAUCGUACUGUACUCGAGGAGAUAUUCAAAGAUGGCGCCUUAUUUAGCUCCUGAAUGGUUAGAGAUCGAGAAGGAGCUUGGCGGUAGACUAGUCCUCGGCGGGACAAUGGAGAAUUAUCGCGCUGGAGGGGAGGCUAUUGGGAAGUACAUCAGAGCUCAUUUGCCCCCUCCUCGGGAUGACGGACUUGACGUCGCGGACGAGAAGAUAAACGAAAACGUGUCUGUCCGUAUCUACAAACCGAAAGAGUCCAAAGAAGUCUUUCCCAUCGGAGUUUUCUGUCACGGUGGCGGCUUCUCUGAUGGAUCGAUUGAUAUGGAAGAUGGCCUUUGCAGACUGAUAGCAUCGAUGUAUCCUUGCAUCAUUGUUUCCGUCGAAUAUCGUCUUACACCCUCAGUCGAUAUCAAGGUCGUUUUUCAGGAUGCCUUUGACGGAUUCUCAUGGACCUACGAUAACGCGUCUAAACUAGGUGGAGACCAGAAACGUGUGUUCAUGCUUGGCAGCUCAUGUGGUGGUACACUCUCCCUUGCCACGGCUCACAGGCUCAUUGAACUUGGGCGAGAGGGACAGCUCAAAGGAGUUAUCAAUAUGGCUGGAGGUACAGUUCAUGAAGCCAAUGUGCCAAAGCAUCUCCAACACCUCAUGAAAUCGAUGGAAGAGAACGCUACAGAUGUCCCAAUCAUCGACGGACAGACGGCUAAGAUGAUCAACGCAUCGACUGGUCUCGACAAGCAUGCCGAUGAUGAGUGGCUAUUUCCUUUGCUCUCAUCGCGCCUCGCUCAGUUCCCGCCCGUCUACCUUGUUGCCUGCGGAGCGGAUCCUUUACGAGAUGAUAAUGUCGCCAUGGAGCAUGAACUUCGCAGUAAUGGGGUCAAGGUCAAGCUUGACGUGUAUGAAGGGCUGCCCCAUGUCUUUUGGAUGUUUCCAACAUUGAGUGCUACGAAGACGUUUGUCAAGAAUCUACUGGCCGGGAUCAAGUUUAUCCUUGAGUAAACUUGCAGUUUCUUCUGCUACGAUAGGUAUCAAUAUUCAGAAUUGGUAGAUAGUGAAUAAUGAGCGGCUUGAACUUAUAAAAGAGUGCACGCCCGGGGAUUAGGUAACAUAGCUAACCCAGUGACGGAAUUACAAUAGAG